CGCGGCCUGGGCGGGCCGUGGGCGGUGCUCGGGCGGGAGGAGCGUCUGGCGCGGGAGAGCCGAGCGGGACAUGGCCGAGGCGGGGCCGCUGCCGCCCGCCGCGGUGCCCGAGGGAUCGCCCGGCGCCCAGCCCCGGAGGGUCCGCGGCGGGAGCGAGGGGUCGGGGUCGCCGCAGCUGCCCGGCGGCGACACGCGGGAGCUGCUGGAGGAGGUGGAGAUGCAGAUCGGCGACGCUGCCUUCUCGCUGGCGAAGAUCCUGGAGGCGACGUCGGCCGUGUCUGCCCAGGUGGAGGAGCUGGCCACCAAGUGCUCGGAGAACGCCCGGUUCCUCAGGACGUGGCGGGACCUGCUGAGGGAGGGCUACGAGUCGCUGAAGCCCAGCGGGUGAGGCCGGCCCUGCCCGCCGAGCCGCCCGCCCGGCCCGCGCUGCGGCGGGACUCUUCUCGACCCGCCUUCAGGGACCUCAGUGGAGCUUUGUUUGCCCCCAGAUAUCUCGCACAAAUACCUGAGGGCUCUCGUAUGGAUGUUUUAUGUUAGUCUACCGAAUAAAAAAAAUUGUUUAGGGAAUCAGUUUUGACUUUUAGAUUCUUCGUUGAAGCUCAAGCGAUCUCAUACUCUCCUUUUUUUUUCCUCUCUUUCGUGCUAAUGUGGUAGAUACAAAGUUAGUAUGAGUGCUACGUUCAGAACUCCUUACUGGUAGGGAAGUGGUGUCCUAUGAUAAAAAAUUGUCAGCCCUCCUUUUCAAGAGCUGUCACCAGCAGAAACCCUGCCAGCUCCAGAGAAACUUCAACUAACUUCAGUUUUUUGUUACACACUUUUUUUUUUUUUAAUGUUAAGUAUGGGAUAAUGAGACAAGUUGUGGCUUAUUUAUGAGCUGUAGAAAAACCCUAUACCCCAAACCUUACUAUUUUUAGCAGUAUUGCAAUGUAUGUCUAUAAAGCUGUAGAUUAUUUUUUGCAAGAUGUUUUAUUACUGCAAACAAUUUUACCCAACCUUUUGUUGUAAUAAAGUGCCUUAUGGGGGACCAUAUAUCUCUGCAGGGUAGAAGUUUAGCAGCAUUGUUUACUGAUAGGAUGGAUUAUUUUGAACUGUAAGUAAAAGCUUCUAUUAGUUAGAAUAGAAUCUGUGACAUUUAUUCUCUCGUCCCUGGGGAAGCACCUCAGAGCUUUUUCAGUAUUUGGUGUUUUAUCUUUGCCUUAAGCAGUGACUAGUUUGAUAGUCUAGAGCUUACUGUUAAUAGAACCUUUUGGUCUGAAGGAUGGCUGAUCUAUAAUAAAUAGUUGUCCUGACACUCCUGUACCUUAACCAGGCACUGUGGAAAAAAGUAAUGCUGAGAUGCAGUGGCAGGCUGCAGGAGAACGAGACUCUGCCAUGACCUCUUAGCAGGCCUUAUUUUUACUUAUAAGACUUUGAGAAAGACCCACUGUAGCUUGCUUAUGAAAACAAUAAACAAGUUGCAAAAAUUACGAAGUAUUGACUGUUAUUGUGUUACUGAUAGAAACAAAGGUGACAGUGAAUAUAACCAUAAUCAUGUGUAGUGAAAACCAGGUAAUGGCAGGAUCCUUGCACAUCUCACCAAAGUCAGUUGCAACCCUUGAGAGGGUUUGGCCCCUGAGUAAGGAACUUUUAUUGAAUUGAGUUCUAAUUGUCCU